AUGAUUCCUUUCGUUUCCUUACUCCUUCUAGUGAUACCACAUUUAUCUUCGAUAGUACUCGCUGCAGAUGGUUACACAUUAUUGAAUUGUUAUGGUUCGUUACCAUCAGGUUUCACCUUCAGUAAUCAAAAUGUAUAUCAAUCAUCCCAAUAUUGUUACGAUCAAUGUUCGAAUUCAGGUUAUAGUUAUUUUGCAUUAUUUAAUCAUGGUUCAUGUUAUUGUGGUAAUACUGAUCCUUCAUCUUUAUCAACUUCAAGCUCUUGUGAUGCUUAUUGUAAUGGUUAUAAACAAGAGAUGUGUGGGGGUACUAGUGCAUACUCCAUUUACAGAAUCGGUAAUGGAAAUUCAAAUAAUAAUGCUCAAUCCUCGAGUUCUUCUACAAACAGUGGAAGAAACGCUGGUACUUCAAGUUCUACUUCCUCCUCGACAUCAACGACUUCUAAUAAUUUGGUAGGUGUUGGUAACGUGGCUGGUAGUUCUUCAUCUUCACCUUCUUCAGCCUCAACUUCACAGACAACAACUUUAUUUCCAGCUUCCUCGUUGAGUGGUGAUGGUAGUAGUGGUGAUUCUGCUUCUACAGGAGAUGAGACAACUGCUAAUGAAAACACAUCUGCGACCGAUGGAAAUAAUGAAGUUACCUCUGUGAUUUAUUCAACUGCUUAUCAUACUGAAGGUGGCUCGACAAUCUAUAUUACAAAUACUAUUACACAAGUAGAGAAUACGUCUUCAGCAACAGCAUCCUCAGGCUCGGAUUCAGAUCCAAACUCAGCUUCUACAUCUGGUAAUAACUCUAAGAAGACCAAUGUUGGUGCAAUUGUCGGUGGUGUCGUAGGUGGUGUAGGUGGUGCUAUAGCAGUUACCGUUAUAGUAUUACUUAUUAUCAGAAACAUUAACAAGAGACGUGAAGAAGAAAGAAUGGAAAAGGAAUAUCAAGAAGCCAUUAAACCGGUGGAGUAUAGUAACAAUAGUGUAUUUUCCAAGAACACAGACGAUCAUAAUAAUAAUAAUAAUAACAGUGAUUUCUACUCAUCUUCAGUAUCGUCACAUAGAAACCUCCAAGUAGAUGGCGAUGCGAACGCUAAUACAUCAGAGGAUCCAUUUGAUGAUUCAAGACGUAUAAGUAUAGGAUCCGUAUUUGAAACUGGGAAAGGUAAUAAAGUAUUAACGGUGGUAAACCCUGAUGAAGAAGGAUAA